AUGGAGUGGUAUUACAUGGUUGAGCUGAUCGUCGUGGCUACAUUCCUCGGCAUAACGGUUGUUGGAGGCAGUUUUGUAAUCGUGACUCAGAUCAGGAAACCCUACGUUGCAUCCUCCAAGGCGACGAUACCAUGUGUAUUUGUGUCGCUGUUCAUAGCUCUGUUAUCGUGGUGCUGGAAACUGGCAACUCGGUAUAGGUUCGCAAUAAACAUGGAAUAUAUGUCCUUCAUGGGGAUGUGCCAUGUUAACCUGAAGCACUGCUAUCACCCGGACACUUCCGUCCCGGAGGUGUCGGAGACAGUUGGGAUUGAGGAGAAUGGGACACAGAAUGGGACACAGAGUGGCAAUGAGACUAUCAUAUCGUCCCCUCUUCUUGAUGGAACGGUUAGCGAUUCAAAAGAUCUGGAAUGUGCUCGCCUGAUCAGCUACGCUGAGCUCAACGAUAUUUCGUUUGGGCUAACCGUUUACUUGCCUGUCAUUGUCACUUUGUGUAUCUUCGUAGGAUCUUACAACAAGUUCACCGAGCGUUGCGCUGAAUCCAUCGAGAACGGGAACCGAAGAAGAUCAACACUUUUCGGUAGGCAGACCAUCUCUGAAUCGAUUAUCUUUGGAAACAAAUCUGUUUGGCUUGGUGGCUCAAACGGUUUUGGUGAAUCCAGUAGGAAAAGGAAAAAGACUCAAAACGAAACAAUCGAAUUAAAAGAUUUUCGACCCAAAUCUGAGGCAUCGAUGAAAUUGAACUCCAUAAGGGGAGUUAAACGGAAAGUUUCCUGGACCUCCAAAGCUCUAGAUGGAAAUGGAACAGUCGCUGACGCCGUUAGAGAUGAAAAGGAGACCCUUGCUACUCCCAGAUCGGUCAAUCUGUUCCAAGAAGGUCCUUCCGUAUCGGCAAGUAUGCUGGUAGAGAACAUGCCUAAUCUCAGCAGAUUACCCUCACGAGUCAUCGAGCGGUCAUUCGAGGACAAUGAGGAGGUGGAGAAGAGCAGGUUAAAGAAACUCCGAAGCCCAUGA